AGGUGCUGCGGCCCGGGGCCGGGUGGUGAAUGGGCUGGUGGUGCUCGCUGCUGCUGCUGAGAGGAGGAGGAGGAGGAUGAAGAGUUGGGCUUGUUUGUCUCCCACAGUUUCUCUCCUGCUGCUCUGAUUUUCCCCCCACAUUCCGGCCCGGGGCCUGUGUGUCUCUCCUGGAGGAGGAGGAGGAUCCAGUUCCUCCCCCCACCCCCUCCUCCCCACCCCCCCUUGCCUGGGGAAGAGGAGGAAAGAAACAGCCCAGAGAGAGAGGGAGAGAGAGAGAGAGUGAGUGAGAGAGAGAGGGGGAGAAGAGGAGAGGAGGAGGAGGAGGAGGAGGGAGAAGGGAACAACCUACCAUCUUAACACACUAAUAUCUAAAAAGUGCGAGAGGCCCAGAGCAGCAGCAGAAGCAGCAGCAGCAGCUCCAGCUUCUUCCCUCCCUCCCCAUGAAGAAGAGUUCCCUCCUCCUCCUCCUCCUGCUUCUCCUGCUCAGAGUUCCUGCCUCCAGCUGCCAGGGGGGACAGCCAGCCAGCAGCAGGAGGGGAGCAAGAGAGCUGAAGGAGAGCCAGUUUCCCCAAAAUUGGACUUCUCAGAACCUUUAAUAUGCUAAUGUGCAUUGUGAAUCUCCAAGAGGGGGAUAUGAUAUGCAGCAUUCUUGAAUACUUCUAUUGACAGGGAGCCCACUACCUCAUAAGCUGCAGUAAGAAGAGGAGUUUGUUAUUUUAAACAGAGGCUGAAGAAACUAUAGAAUUAGCAGACAUAAGAAGAAGUGGAGAAGGUAGAGGAUGGAGUUGCAGACUCUACAGGAGGCUCUUAAAGUGGAAAUUCAGGUUCACCAGAAACUGGUUGCGCAAAUGAAACAGGAUCCACAGAUAUUUUUUCUUUCCAAUCAGAAUGCUGAUUUAAAGAAACAGCUUCAUGAACUUCAAGCCAAAAUCACAGCUUUGAGUGAGAAACAGAAAAGAGUAGUUGAACAGCUUCGGAAGAACCUGAUAGUAAAGCAAGAACAACCAGACAAGUUCCAAAUACAGCCAUUGCCACAAUCUGAAAACAAACUACAAACAGCACAGCAGCAACCACUACAGCAGCUACAGCAGCAACAGCAGUACCACCACCACGCUCAGUCGGCUGCAUCCUCUCCCAGCCUGACUGCUUCACAGAAGACUGUAACUACAGCUUCUAUGAUUACCACAAAGACACUACCUCUCGUCUUGAAAGCAGCAACUGCGACCAUGCCUGCCUCUGUUGUGGGCCAGAGACCUACCAUUGCUAUGGUGACCGCCAUCAACAGUCAGAAGGCUGUGCUCAGCACUGAUGUGCAGAACACACCAGUCAACCUCCAGACGUCUAGUAAGGUCACUGGGCCUGGGGCAGAGGCUGUCCAAAUUGUGGCAAAAAACACAGUCACUCUGCAGGUUCAGGCAACACCUCCUCAGCCCAUCAAAGUACCGCAGUUUAUCCCCCCUCCUAGACUCACUCCACGUCCAAACUUUCUUCCACAGGUUCGACCCAAGCCUGUGGCCCAGAAUAACAUUCCUAUUGCCCCAGCACCUCCGCCCAUGCUUGCAGCUCCUCAACUUAUCCAGAGGCCUGUCAUGCUGACCAAGUUCACUCCCACGACCCUCCCUACCUCCCAGAAUUCCAUCCACCCCGUCCGUGUCGUCAAUGGGCAGACUGCCACCAUAGCCAAAACGUUCCCCAUGGCCCAGCUCACCAGCAUUGUGAUAGCUACUCCAGGCACCAGACUCGCUGGACCUCAAACUGUACAGCUUAGCAAGCCAAGCCUUGAAAAACAGACAAUUAAAUCCCACACAGAAACAGAUGAGAAACAAACGGAGAGCCGCACUGUCACUCCACCUACUGCACCCAAACCAAAACGGGAGGAGAACCCUCAGAAACUUGCCUUCAUGGUGUCUCUAGGGUUGGUAACACAUGACCAUCUAGAAGAAAUCCAAAGCAAGCGGCAAGAACGAAAAAGAAGAACAACAGCAAAUCCAGUGUACAGUGGCGCGGUCUUUGAGCCAGAGCGUAAGAAGAGUGCAGUCACGUACCUGAACAGUACAAUGCAUCCUGGGACCCGGAAGAGAGGUCGUCCUCCAAAAUACAAUGCAGUGCUGGGGUUUGGAGCCCUAACCCCAACAUCCCCCCCAUCCAGUCAUCCUGACUCCCCUGAAAAUGAAAAGACAGAGACCACAUUCACUUUCCCUGCACCUGUUCAGCCUGUGUCCCUGCCCAGCCCCACCUCCACAGACGGUGAUAUCCAUGAGGAUUUUUGCAGUGUUUGCAGAAAAAGUGGCCAGUUGCUGAUGUGUGACACGUGUUCCCGUGUAUAUCAUCUGGACUGCUUGGACCCUCCUCUGAAAACGAUUCCCAAGGGCAUGUGGAUCUGUCCCAGAUGUCAGGACCAGAUGCUGAAGAAGGAAGAAGCAAUUCCAUGGCCUGGAACUUUAGCAAUUGUUCAUUCCUAUAUUGCCUAUAAAGCAGCAAAAGAAGAAGAAAAACAGAAAUUACUUAAAUGGAGUUCAGAUUUAAAACAAGAACGAGAACAACUAGAGCAGAAGGUGAAGCAGCUCAGCAAUUCUAUAAGUAAAUGCAUGGAAAUGAAGAACACCAUCCUGGCCCGGCAGAAGGAGAUGCACAGCUCCCUGGAGAAGGUAAAACAGCUGAUCCGCCUCAUCCACGGCAUCGACCUCUCCAAACCUGUAGACUCUGAGGCCACUCUGGGGGCCGUCUCCAACGGCCCGGACUGCACUCCCCCUGCCAACGCCAGCACCUCCACGCCGGCACCCUCCCCGCCCUCCUCCUCCUCCUCCCAGAGCUGCACAGCGAACUGUAGCCAGGGGGAAGAGACUAAAUAACAGAGCCCUGCUAGGAGAAGCCACGGGAUCCCAGUGGCAAGGAGAGCAAAACACUGAAGACUCUAGACAAGCAAAGCCGGAUUUCUUCUGGAAAGUACAGAAUUCUUUUGGUUCUUUGGUUCCAGAGAGAGAGAAGAUGCUUGUGCCGGGUGGCACCAGAGUUUGCCAAUUGAUCCUUCUUAUUCUGUGUGUACAUGCAAAGACUGGACCACGCCACAUGAAACCGUGCCAGCUGGAGGCUCUGGGCCAGCACCACGCCAAGUGGAUAAUACACUUGCUCUCCCUGUUACACGCCAGUGUGUGCCUGCGGCAGCCCCCACCGCCACCGUGGGCUCGCUUUUGUUUUGUUGGGUGGGGAGCGGGGACGGGCCGAGGGGGGGGAGCAGGUUCCAGACCCUUAUUUGCUGAGCUGUUUGUUUAGGUAGAGAAGACAAGUCCAAAGAGUGCGUGGGCUUUCCUGUUUCUAAACUUUCACUACUAUAAAACCAAAAAGAGGAAAUCGAGAUUUAACCAACCCCAGUGCCCAGAGGAAGGGAUGGGGAGGGGAUGGGAGGGAGCUGGGGUGGGGAAAAGUAUAUCAAAUAAGCAGUAUUUCAUAUUGUCUGGGGCGGGCACAGUGCACGGAGAGAUGGGACACCAGGAACAGCCACCGGGGUCUUCUCCGGAGCACUCCGCUCCCCCACCCCUCCCCAAGCUCCUUCCCUGCUUUGGCAAAUCGGCACUGUCCCCGUGGAUGAUCGUCCCGUGGAUGAUCCGGUUACCUUCCCUCUCCAAGAACAAGCAGACCCAGGCCUCAGGUGGCCCUUGCCCGGGGCAGGGAAGAAGGGUGUGUGUGUCAAGGAAGGAAAAAAGGUGGAUCAGUGAUUUUACUUGAAAACAAGCUCCAUCCCUUUUCUAUAUUUAUAAGCAGAGAAGAUCCUGAGCGAAGCAGCACGCGACCCAGGUGUGUGUGAAUUGAAUGGAGACGUUGCUUUUCUCUUUUUUUUUAAAUUUUUGUUUCUGUUCUUUCUUCUUUAAAAAAAAGUUUUAUUUUGUUGUUUAUUUUACUUUUUUGGUAACAAAAACUAAAAUAAGGAAUAGAGAAGCUGUUUUUCAGGCUGACAGUCCAAUUAAGGGUAGUCGAGACCUUGCAUGGUAGAAUAGGAAUCAUAGUGUCAGUGAGGUCCAGUGAGUCUGUGUGAGUCCUUGUGUCAUCGUUCGGGGCACUGUUUUUUUAUGCAAGGGCAAAAAUCUUUGUAUCUGGGGGAAAAAAACAACAAACAACUUUUUUUUUAAUUAAAAAGGAAAAUAAAAGAGAUUGAGGUCUUCCUAGUGUUACUUAAAUUAAGAUCAAGGUAAGAAACAUUGUAAAAAAAAAAAUUACAAAAGUGCUAUUUGUUUCCUAAAAACAGUGAUUUCUAU